AUGGCUCCGACAAAGUCCAGUCUGAAGCGCAAAGCUUCCAUUGUCGAGGCCGCUGCCGCAGCUGCUGAGGAUCACGCUCAGUCGGACGACGAGUUUGGAGACGGGCUCCUGGAGGGUCUGCUGGAAGACGACUCCGAUGACGAAUCCGACGCCGACUUCGACGAUGACGCUGAAGCUGGCAGUGGGGACAGCAGUGCCGAGGACGACGACCUAGAAAGCGACGACAUACCAACAGACGGUGAAGAUUUGGAGAAGAAGCUCACAAACGGAUUUGGCAACGCAGAGGAAGAUGACGGCCCCAAUUACCGCAUUGAGACUGAUGCCAACGGAGGCACUCGGUACAUCUACGACGAGAUCGAUCCAGCGGUAUACGACACGGACGAUUCCGAUGCCCAGGAACCUGUGAACACGAUCGGAAAUAUUCCUCUCUCCUUCUACGACUCCUACCCUCACAUAGGAUAUGAUAUCAAUGGCAAGAAGAUUAUGCGCCCAGCAACUGGCGAAGCGCUUGAUGCUUUGCUCGAAAGUAUCGAAGUGCCUGAAGGCUGGACCGGCCUUACAGACCCGGAAACUGGGAAGGCUUUGAAUCUAAGUCGAGAGCAACUGGAGCUACUGAAGCGAGUCCAGAUGAAUGAGCUUCCAGAAGAGGACUACGAUCCUUAUCCCGACACUGUCGAGUGGUUUACUAGCAUGGAGGAGACAAUGCCGUUGAGCGCAGCUCCGGAACCCAAGAGGCGCUUCCUGCCCUCCAAACACGAGGCUAAGCGAGUGAUGAAGUUGGUCAAAGCAAUCCGCGAGGGUCGUAUCCUCCCGUACAAACCCCCGGAGGAGAGGGAGAGAGAGCGAGAGGAGGAGGAAGAAAUUCAUUACGACCUGUGGGCUGAGGAGACACCACGACCACCCAACGUCAUGCAUAUACCUGCUCCAAAGCCCGCCCCUCCAGGAUACGAUGAGUCCUACAACCCUCCACCUGAAUAUCUCCCCACAAAGGCUGAACGCCAGGCGUGGGAAGAUGCGGAUCCAGAAGAACGAGAAAAGGAGUAUCUCCCCCAAAGCCACGGAUCGUUGAGGCGCACUCCGGCGUACGAUCGGUUGAUAUAUGAGAGGUUCUCUAGGUCUCUGGAUCUAUAUCUUGCGCCUCGUGUUCGCAAGAUGAGACUCCACAUCGACCCGGCAUCGCUGCUUCCUAAAUUGCCACGCCCGGAAGAGCUGCGGCCGUUCCCUUCUAUAGCGAGUGUCGAAUAUCUAGGCCAUGAUGGCCGAGUAAGAUCGGUGUCUAUCGAUCCUUCCGGACAAUGGCUUGCCAGUGGUGGCGACGACGGUACUGUGAGAGUAUGGGGCCUCACAGAUGGCAAACAGCAAUGGCAAGUGAAGCUCAGUAGCGAAGACCCUGUGGAUGUGGUGAGAUGGCGCCCAGGUCACGAAGCCACGAUACUAUCCGCAGCUGUUGGCGAGGACAUUUUCUUCAUGAUUCCAUCUAUCGAAAACCCGGAAGUCGAACAAGCCAGCAGAGAUGUGCUGGACGCCGGUUUUGGUUAUGCUGCGAAUGCGAAGCAGCAGACGACUGCAGCUGGAGCCAGAAAAGAUGGGCCGGCAAAGUGGUCAAGGCCUGGCGGCCGCCUGGAGGACGAGGGCGUCUUGUUGAAGGCUACUGUGCGGUCGUCGAUCAAGACCAUACAUUGGCAUAGACGGGGUGAUUUCUUCACCACGGUCUCGCCCAGUGGCCAAAGGAGUGCGGUGGCCAUACAUACAUUGUCGAAGCACCAAACGCAGAUCCCGUUCCGGAAACUACCAGGAAUACCCCAAGCUGCCGCCUUUUCACCAUCAAAGCCACUUUUAUUCGUUGCCCUUCAGCGGUCUAUCCGCGUCUAUGAUCUUCAGAGGCAGGAGCUGGUUAAGACGGUUCAACCUGGCUGCCGGUGGAUAUCUUCCUUUGACAUACAUCCUGCCGGUGACAAUCUCGUUGUCGGAUCGUAUGAUCGUCGCCUACUCUGGCAUGACCUCGAAAUGUCACCAAAGCCAUACAAAACAAUGCGGUUCCACGAACAAGCUAUUCGAUCUGUCAAAUUCCAUCGAUCAUAUCCUAUCUGGGCCGAUUCCAGCGAUGACGGCACAAUUCAGAUAUACCAUGGCAAGGUCGUCAAUGAUCUCAUGGAAGCGCCACAGAUCGUGCCAUUGAAGACUCUUUCUGGGCAUAAGGUCAAACAAAGGCUCGGUGUCACAGAUAUUGAUUGGCAUCCUAAAAACCCAUGGAUCGUCAGCGCCGGUGCCGAUGGCAGCAUUCGUUUGUGGACAUGA